AUGUCCAGCCAACAGCAAUUCAAUCCUUCCCGGAGCCCUACAGCAAAGAGCCCACAGGGGCACCACCACUCGUCCUCUUCAGAUUUUGGCGACUUCCACUCUGCACCGGUUUCAAAGCCAGGUGAUAUCUUCUUUGAUCCUCCGGCUAGCUGCUCAACGCGUGGCCUACACCUCACGGACACUGAUUUGUUGGGAUCCUUCGAAGAUGUAGACCCAAUGCCGACGAACCGUCCAGCACCUCCUACAUCUCGGGCACCCCCGUUGCUUGACUUCGGUCGCGACUUAUUGACAGAGGAGCCGGAAUCCACUACCGCCAGCAUGGUCUCUCCGUCAGACUCGAGAAAUCUAUCACAUCGCACAUCUAAAUCGUCGCUGGAGUCAUCGCCAUCCAGAUCAAGAUUCCUCAUAAAUGCGCCGUUUCCCGGCCCAUCUUCCCCACCUCGAGUAUCAGAGAGCGGCUCUGAGAUUCUGUUUCAUGCACCUUCCUCCAUGGAUGAAGCGGCAACUCAGUUCCGACGCCUCCGUCGCCUGUCAAACGACGACUUCAACCGGACCAAGUCGGCCCCCCACCCAGGCAAUGGGGUGCCUCACACGCAGCACUCUCUGCUAGAUGCGCUGGCUACCACGAAAGUGGCCUCGCGGUGGAAACGAUCGGUGCUCAACCCUUUGCGGUCGGAGCCGGAGCCUCCGAGCAAGACGGCCGUGCCCAUUGAUGUCAAUCACAGCUCGCCCUUCGCCUCCGUGGAUCAAAUUGCUGGUCGAAACUAUGUUGCGCCCUCUGGCGCGCCAGGAUUUCGACCUGUGUCCGAGUCGUCACACAAGGCCAAUGAUGAGGACGAAUGGGCUUCCACAACGCUGGAGGGGCGGCGCGAUACAACGGAGCCGGUUCUCAGUAUCCAGCAAGCCCACUUCGCCCACUCUUGCCUGCCCGCCAAAGGUUGUCAGACUCGUGGCGCCUGCUUUCACGGCGCUUCUCUCUCUACACUGUACAGACUGGUCGAGGUCUACGCCCGAACCCAUCGGACAACUGGGAAUCUGCUAGCAGUAAAGGACUCAGAGGGUCAUGUUUUCGGAGUCUUCCUCAAUGAACCCAUCCUCAAACGCGAGGGAACAUACUACGGCAGCGGGGAAUCGGGAACUUCCUACGGUCUGCUCCUGGAUUCUACGUUCAGCCGAAACUCUUCCGCAACCUCGCCUGCCUUUCAGAACGAGGUAUUAUGUGGGGGCUCAGGCUCGGACCUCACUGAGAAAGCCCAGCCUUUCGACUGCCUGGGACUGGAGGUCUGGGCAACAUCAUAG